GUGGCCCCCACAUGGUACAGCGGGAUAUUGCCUCUUUAGCAAAUUUACCGAAAGGCCCCUCCCCCCUCCCGGCUGUGAAGGCUGUGUGAUCUCAUCUGUGUUUUCUGAUCUGAAUGACUGAAAAAAACCCCCGAAAAAAAAAACGGAAGAGAUGAUUCGGGCAGUGAUGGUGAUAAACACGCAGGGAAAGCCUCGGCUUGCCAAGUUCUACGAAUUUCAGUUUUUGAGGUCAGCCUGUGGAGAAGCAACAGGAGCUUAUACGCAGCGUCUAUGGAGGUUCUCUUGCUCUCUCUACUUGUUAUCCAGCAGAGCUGAGAAUGUGAGCAAUUUCGUGGAUGCUGAGUCUAUUUUCGGCCCGGAUACUCGCCUUGUGUACAAGCACUUUGCAACUUUGUACUUUGUCUUUGUAUUUGAUAGCUCUGAAAACGAGCUUGCCAUGCUCGACCUCAUACAAGUUUUUGUGGAAACCCUGGACAAAUGCUUCAAAAAUGUGUGCGAGCUUGAUGUCGUGCUCAAUUACAGCAAGAUGCAUACAGUAAUGGAUGAGAUCAUUUUUGGAGGGCAAGUGCUGGAAACAAGUUCAACUGAAGUUAUGAAAGCCGUUGAAGAAAUCUCGAAGUUAGAAACAGCCUCAAAUGCCAUCUCACUGGUCCCAAAAUCUGUUUCUGCCUGGCGGAGCCGAUAGUAUGCAGUUUUGAGUGAUUUGUUAUCAGAACCUCCAAGUUUCUCUGAUAGGAGUUUGUGAAGAUUUUGGAUGCUUAAUGGAAGGCAAUUUUAAUUGAGAAUUUCCAUAAUUUUAAUGAAAA